AUGAGGGGAAAAGUGGGCAACGGACGACAUGGGGACGAGAAGGAACAAAACAUUCUGGCGCUGCACAUGCGGCACUGCAAGACAUUACGUCGAGCAGCUGACUUCCGUCAAGGUGUCGCGGAGCUAUUGGACGAUGCCACGUUUCGCAAGAAUGGCAAGAUCAUUGCAGUGCGUGCUGAGAAGACUUCAUCUGGCGUGGUUAUCAAACUUUCAGCAAGAUCUCGGAAAGGCAAUCGCUUCAAAAAAGUGAUUCCCUGGGCAGAAUUCUUGGAGGCAUCAUACGGGCGCUUUAGAAGAGACACCCACAUAUCUUUGUCCUUGGAUGUGUCAAGAUCCACUGCUCGAUUCAUGGGGAUGUCUGUGGGUUCGAUAUAUUUGGCGCAGCAGUGCUCUUUGAUUGGCAAACUGAUUUUGCUCGCGCAAUCGAAGCCGCCAACGUUCCUCAUCAGGCACCUUAAGUGGGAUGAGACCGCAGUUUGGACAUCAGUCAAUGCGGAUCAAGACACCAAACGUGUGGCAUCUUCAUGGGAAACUAUGGUCGCUCGACAGCGCAUUGUCUUGAGUUGGGAAGACGGCAGCACUUUGAUUCUGAGAUUGGUUAUGCCGCCUGCGAUUCUGUUAGCGGGUGGGGCACACCACAUGUACUAUUCUCUGCGGUAUCAUCCAAUGUACAAGAGCGUUCAGUCCUUGCUGGAUACCUUGGCUGGUUUGACUUUUCACAAACUCCAGAUUCUUGAAUCAGAUGGUGCCUAUGCGAAUGAGAGGUUGGUGGCACAUCUCAUACAAAAAAACAAGACCUUGGAGCAAAGUUUGAGAAUGUCAAUUCUUCACGGGAAGUGCCAGAACCAUCAAACGCAGCUCAUAAAUGUGGCACUUCUGUCAGCCGCUGGCCACAACAUUUUAUCAAGGCUUUAUGGAUUCUCGGUGUUCAUCAGGAACUUGGGAAAUUGGCUGAGACUAAAGCAGUCUCUUUACAAUUGGGUCAAUGAACAUCUGGUGUUUGAGCAAGAUCUCAUGGACGGUGGUCCAGAUUUUGUUGAACAGGGAUCGCAUCAUCCUUCUGUUUUGGAGCUGGUUGACUUUUUACGCACCAACCGCAAGAUUGAAUCGGAGGAUGGGCAGACGUCAGCAGCUUUUGAAAGAGCACUCGCAACUUUCUUGCAAUUUUGGAACGGCAACACAAGUCUUGAGACGCCUUGCCACCGUUGCACACAUGCAACAUUUCCUGCUGGCCAGCGCCACUGCCAAGACCGACCUGACGCUGAUUUUUGCUUGAGUGGAAGCCUUGUCCACAAUUGGCUCUCGCGAGUCUUCAGUGAAGCCUACAAGCACAUGGCAUUCAAAGAAUUCAACGAGGCAGAUCGAACAACUGACCCGCGUCUUGUAGAGUCACUGGCGUUUCACGCGGUGAACGGAAGAAGAUUGAAGAGCUCUGAAGAGUUUUUAUCCAACAAGGAUUCACAAUGGAUGGUGCAGCUCCUAUCUGUGGCGAUGGAAGCCACGCGAUUUCUGAUUUGGCAUUGGUUAUCAUGCCUCGCUGUCAGUUUAAAGGCAGGCCAUCGGCCAGCAUUAUUCAGACUUUUGGAUCCAAGGACAAGCAUUGUGGUUCAGGCACUUCAACACUACAGUGCUUUGAUCAUGUCUACAAGUGGGGGUGGACGUCUCAAUUUGGUUUGGCCACGUACUGAAUAUGGUUGCUAUGGUGAUUUCUGCAAAGUGAAUUUGAACAAGUGCCGUCUCAUUCGUCGGAUUUUACUGCUUGGUGCCGCAUGGGUGUACCGGCGCCAUUUUGUGUACCUCAAUGAUGAUCAAUUCUCUGUGACAGUUUGUGGCGAUCGCGAGGCACACCAGGACACAUUGCAAACAUUUCUUGGAUUCUGGCAACAGAAACACACAUGUUGCUAUCCGCCCGGGCUCUGUCGGGACCUGAAGGAGAUGGGUUUAUCGCCUGAUGACUUGGUGUUCGGCAACUGCCAGAAGUUGCUAUUCUUUGCAGCAUCGACUCUACAACUCUCAAUCGCAGAUGUUGAGGCGCUCCAUUCGCAAAACAGAGCUCUGCAAGGUAACAGCUUCUCCAGCAUCUCCGCAAAAUUUAUUAACGCGGAGUCAGCUCGCAUCCAGCAGGAAGCACGAAAACUUCAAUUUGGAAAUGAAGAUGUUGCGGGGGAUUCCAAAGAUGUUGCGGGCCACAAGAACAGGGGCAUCGGUGUAUCAUGGAGCAGCAAGCAAACCACUGCAAAGGGGCUUUCUGCACUAGAACUGUAUCGCAAGCAUUACCUUGAAAUGCAUUCCAAAGCUGAGAAAAUCAACCCGUGUAGCAAAGACACUUGGAAUGACGUGAGACAAGCGUGGGCUCAGCUAAGUCCACAGGAAAGAUCACUGUACGAGAGGAUGUCGCAGGACUCAAAACAAGAUGCACUUUCCAAACGCAUGUUGAAGAAACUUGAGAAGAAGAAGAGUGCUGGUGAGAAUGCAAUUUCAAUUUCUGAAGAUGUUCCUGCACAGCCAGCUGCGCUUGUCCCAGCGACAAAGAACAAUUACGGGGUGCAUUUGCAAAUCCUUCCUGUGAAGGAACUUAGCGAGUUUUUGUCGACUGCUGGUGCUUCUGGUGCAGACUGUCGUGAAAUUGUUGAGCAACAUGUGCGCAAAACUGCGGGAAAGAUAUCGGAACAUGAUUUUCCCAUCGGUGAGUCAACUCUAGAUGAGGUGUGGAGGUCUCAAGUUGCAUCGGGUUUGACUGGGAAAGCUGUAACAAAAACAUUCCAGCGUCAAGCUGAGAGCAUCUCCCGACCUCAAGAUCAGACAGACACUUUCCCUCAAAGAGUUUUGCACGAGGGGCAUUGUGGUGAGCAGUGUCGCCAUUUUGGCGAACCAAAACGGAUAGCUCUUCACUGCAACACUUUGGCACUCUUCAAUUUCAUUGUUCAGCAGAUGGGUGGCGUACAAGCCAUGGUUGAGAAGGAUGUCCUUUGUCGUUUUGAAGUGGUGGACACAGAGGGCGGUGUUUAUCGCCAGUACGCGUUCAUUUCUGGAUGUUCAGCACGCUUAGGGACACAUCAACCAGUUCAGGUUUUUGCAUGCUUAGAACCAGUUGAUUGGGACAAUGAUGUUUUCAACCAUUCAGAUUCCAGCUGUGCUGGCAUGAUUCUGGACCUUCAGACGCUGGCUUACAUUGAGCCAGAGGGCUCUGACCAUUUCCCCCGUCAGCCAGAACUUGCAGGCCGUUUGCGCAUGUUCACAUCCGACCAAUUUGCUGCAUUUCUUUUGGACUUGCCGGUGCUGGUAGAUCCACGAUUGGAUGCCUCACAAGUGACAGCUCAUCUGAUGAUUUACGAAGAUGUUCUUCCACGCAGGGUCAAACUUCUUGGGACAGAUGAUACUAUCACUGGUAUGAUUGCAACCCCUGUGUGCGCACCGGCUGUUGAGCGGCAGGAUGUUCAACCGGACGCCGGUACUGGGAUGGAAACUCAGACUAAUGAGCCAGAUCCUUUUGAUUUGCUGGCUUUGCUGGAAGAUGUGGGAGCAUCAUGUGAGCAACAGCCCAAGCGUAGAAAAGGGCAAAGCAGGGAGAAGCAGAACCGUGACCAGAACAGCUACAGUCAUGGUGAUGAUUCACCGGGUCAUGUCAAGCCAGUCGGAGAUCCCAUUUUGGACGAUCCCUGUUUGAACGCAUUUCUGACACCAGAAGCCAUAGCCGCGCUGCGACAUGCGCGUGGGCAGUGUGAGGUUAGCAAAUCUACUGACGUGCAAGACUGGGUUCAGGCUGAUAUCUGUUCUGACGAGUCUGAGAGUGAUCUUGAAGAAGUUGAAAUUGUCGAGAAUGAUGGAGGCCAGGGUCAUCAGCGUGGUGGUGGAGAAACGUCUGCAUCAUCAGCAAGUUGUUCAGAAGCUUUAGAUUCUGGGCUUGUUGUUUUACAGGGUUGA